AUGCAUCUGCAUCAGGUCCUCACCGGGGCUGUCAACCCUGGCGACAACUGCUACUCCGUGGGCAGCGUCGGGGACGUCCCCUUCACGGCAUAUGGAUCAGGCUGUGACAUUGUUAUUUUGGCCAGUGACUUUGAAUGUGUACAGAUCAUUCCUGGUGCUAAGCAUGGAAACAUCCAAGUCAGCUGUGUGGAGUGUUCACACCAACAUGGAAGGAUUGCAGCUUCAUAUGGUAAUGCUGUUUGUAUUUUUGAGCCCUUGGGCAUAAACUCUCAUAAGAGAAAUUGUCAACUCAAGUGUCAGUGGCUUAAAACUGGACAGUUUUUUUUGAGUUCUGUGACGUACAAUUUAGCAUGGGACCCUCAAGACAACAGAUUGUUGACAGCAACUGAUUCUAUUCAGUUGUGGGCCCCCCCAGGAGGUGACAUUCUGGAAGAGGAGGAAGAAAUCGAUAAUAAAGUCCCUCCUGUUUUAAAUGACUGGAAGUGCAUCUGGCAGUGCAAAACCUCAGUCUCUGUACAGUUGAUGGAAUGGUCCCCCGAUGGUGAAUAUUUUGCUACUGCUGGAAAGGACGACUGUCUUUUGAAAGUGUGGUAUCCUAUGACUGGUUGGAAGUCUUCAAUCAUAGCUCAGGAUCAUCAUGAAGUGAAAAAGCGACAGGCGGCCACCCAGUUCUCCUUUGUUUACUUGGCUCAUCCCCGAGCUGUGACCGGCUUUUCAUGGCGUAAAACUAGCAAGUAUAUGCCCAGAGGUUCUGUCUGUAAUGUGUUACUGACUUCAUGCCAUGAUGGUGUCUGUCGGCUCUGGGCAGAAACUUUAUUACCCGAAGACUGUCUUUUGGGUGAGCAGAUUUGUGAGACCACCACUUCCAGCAUUGCCGGCAACAUUGCUCAUCACGGAAAACACAAGGACAGAAUACAGCAUGCCCUCGAGACAAUACACCAUUUAAAAAAUUUGAGAAAAGGACAAAGGAGGUCAUCUGUUCUUGUAACUCACACUGACCUUCUGCCUGACCAGGGGCCAAUGCAUGAGGUCCAGAGACACAUUUCCCACCAUGCAAAUGCCCUGUGUCACUUCCACAUUGCUGCGAGCAUCAAUCCUGCCACAGAUAUUCCUAAUGUCUUGAUUGGCACCGCGUUUAACAUUGAUGAUGGGAACGGCGGCUUUGUAGUGCACUGGCUGAACAACAAGGAAUUCCAUUUUACAUCCUCUACUGAGAUAUUUAUGCAGCAGUUACGAAAACUUUCAGAAAAGCAGGUCGAUCCUGAAAGUGAUGACGCAAGUAGGGAAGAUGAGGAGCGGUCCCAGGAAGAACGGGAGCGGGGUUUGCGCAUGAAGCUAGAUCAUGAUUUGUCCCUGGAUCGAGAAUCCGAGGCAGGUACUGGGUCAUCAGAACAUGAAGAUGGGGAACGAGAAGGAAGUCCUAGAACCUGCUCACGCCCUCGAGUCUCUCUGCCUCUGCCCACUGUCUUGCUUGAUCGGAAGAUUGAAAUGCUGCUCGCUGAAUGGAACAAGAAUCCUGACAUGCUUUUUACUAUCCACCCGGUAGAUGGUACCUUCCUAGUGUGGCACAUAAAAUAUUUGGAUGAAUAUAAUCCUGGGAUAUUUAGACAAGUCCAGGUUUCUUUUUCUUCCCGGAUACCUGUUGCAUUUCCAUCUGGCGAUGCGAGUUCUCUAAGUAAAAACAUCAUGAUGUACGCCUGCAUCAAUGCUUCCAAAGAUUCUCACCACACUCACUCCCAUGCAGACUUGGUGGCUUCAGACAGUCCUCACCGAUCACAGCCCCAGUCUCGCUCCCAUGGCAUGAACAUUGUAGCUCCCACAGUCAUGAUGGUCUCCAAACACAUCGACGGCUCUCUAAACCAGUGGGCGGUCACUUUCGCUGAUAAGUCUGCCUUCACCACUGUCCUGACCGUAUCUCACAAGUUUCGAUACUGUGGCCAUCGAUUUCACCUCAAUGACCUGGCAUGCCACUCAGUCUUACCACUGUUACUCACCUCGUCUCAUCACAAUGCUCUCUUGACUCCUGAAUCCAGUUGUCAGUGGGACUCCGCCGCUAAUUUAAGUAAGCCGAUGGAUCCUGUAAGACAUCUAAAAGGCCCCUCCAAGCAGUCCCUUAGAAAUGCAGCAACGUGUACGUUUCAUGACCCAAAUGCAAUUUACAGUGAACUUAUUCUAUGGCGUGUAGACCCAAUUGGACCUUUGUCAUACACUGGAGGAGUCUCAGAAUUGGCUAGAAUUAAUUCUUUACAUACUUCAGCCUUCUCUAAUGUUGCCUGGCUUCCAACUCUUAUUCCCAGUUACUGUCUUGGCACAUACUGUAAUUCUGCAAGUGCUUGCUUUGUUGCAUCUGAUGGCAAAAAUCUGAGACUUUAUCAAGCUGUGGUAGAUGCAAGGAAAUUACUGGAUGAGCUUUCAGACCCGGAAUCUUCAAAACUCAUUGGAGAAGUGUUUAAUAUUGUGAGCCAACAGUCUACUGCUCGACCUGGAUGCAUAAUUGAACUCGAUGCGAUAACCAACCAGUGUGGUUCAAAUACACAGUUGCUCCAUGUGUUUCAAGAAGACUUUAUUAUAGGAUAUAAACCACAUAAGGAAGAUAAGGAGAAAAAGGAAACAGAAGUAUUUUUUCAGCCUUCACAAGGAUAUCGUCCACCACCAUUUUCAGAAAAGUUCUUUCUAGUUGUAAUUGAAAAGGACAGCAAUAAUUACUCCAUUCUUCAUAUGUGGCACCUUCUUCUUAAAUCUGUACAGGCAUGUGUAGAAGUUACCUCAUCUGAGAAUCUCCUUUCAGUCCCUGGACAGAAGACUGUAGACUCUUCUCCAGAAACCUCUCCUGUUGUGAGCCCCAUGCCCCAUUCUGUAUCUAUUGCGAAUCUUCAGACUGCUAGUAAACUUAUUCUGAGUUCCAGACUUGUAUACAGCCAACCUCUGGAUCUUCCAGAAGGAGUUGAAGUAAUCAGAGCAACACCUUCAGCAGGGCAUCUGAGUUCCUCUUCAAUCUAUCCAGUGUGCCUGGCACCUUACUUAGUGGUCACGACUUGUUCUGACAAUAAAGUCCGCUUCUGGAGAUGCAGCAUGGAAACCAACCCAGAGAGUAAGAGCAGUGAGAAGGAAACCUAUCACUGGAGGCGGUGGCCCUUGAUGAACGAUGAAGGCGAAGACAAUAGCAGUACUGUGAGCAUCGUGGGACGCCCAGUGGCUGUGAGCUGCUCAUACACAGGUCGCCUUGCUGUGGCUUACAAGCAGCCCGUUCAGCACAACGGUUUUGUCUCCAAAGAGUUUUCUAUGCACGUUUGCAUAUUUGAAUGUGAAUCUACAGGAGGGUCCGAGUGGGUUCUAGAACAAACGAUCCACCUUGAUGAUCUGGUCAAAGUUGGGAGUGUCCUUGAUUCAAGGGUCAGUGUUGAUAGCAACUUGUUUGUGUACAGCAAAACAGAUGCACUUUUGAGCAGCGACAGGUACCUUACUUCAAACAUCAAGCAUUUAGUCCAUCUGGACUGGGUGUCCAAAGAAGACGGUUCCCACAUUCUCACAGUCGGGGUCGGUGCUAAUAUCUUCAUGUACGGGCGGCUUUCGGGCAUCGUGACCGAGCAGACCAACAGUAAGGAUGGUGUGGCUUUCAUUACUUUACCACUGUGUGGUAGCAUCAAGCAAGGAGUUAGGUCAAGAUGGUUUCUUCUGAGAUCUAUAGACUUAGUAUCUUCUGUGGACGGCACACCUUCGCUGCCUGCCUCUCUCUCUUGGGUACGGGAUGGGAUAUUGGUGGUGGGCAUGGACUGUGAGAUGCACGUGUAUGCCCAGUGGAAGCAUGCUGUCAAGUCUGCCGACCCUGAGGCUGACAGUCCUGAUCCAGAAGAAAUGGGAGGACACGAUCACUCGGCCUUUAAGGCAAAUCUGUUGUCCAGGAAAAGUAUCAUGGAAGGAACAGCCACGACCGAUGACGUGUUUUGCUCACCAACCAUCGUUCAGGAUGGUGGCUUGUUUGAGGCUGCCCACAUCCUUUCCCCAACCCUUCCACAGUAUCACCCGACUCAGCUGCUGGAAUUGAUGGAUCUAGGGAGAGUCAGAAGGGCGAAAGCUAUUCUCUCACAUUUAGUGAAGUGCAUCGCAGGUGAAGUUGCCAUCGUUCGAGACCCUGAUGCUGGUGAAGGCACCAAGCGGCACCUUUCUAGAACCAUCAGUGUCAGCGGCAGUACAGCCAAGGACACAGUUACCAUAGGGAAAGAUGGUACUCGAGAUUAUACUGAGAUCGAUUCCAUCCCUCCCCUUCCGCUGUAUGCCCUGCUUGCUGCGGAUCAGGACACAACCUACCGGGUUUCAGAAGAAAGUACGAAAGUCCCGCAGAGCUUUGAUGAUCAUACCAAAGGCGAACCAGAGGAUCAGUACUCAGAACUGUUCCAAAUCCAGGACAUAACAACGGAUGAUAUUGAUCUAGAGCCAGAAAAGAGAGAAAGCAAAUCGAAAGUCAUCAAUCUUUCUCAAUAUGGACCUUCAUACUUUGGCCAGGAACACGCCAGGGUCCUUUCAAGUCAUCUUAUGCACUCAAGUCUGCCUGGCCUCACCCGUUUGGAGCAGAUGUUUCUCGUAGCCUUGGCCGAUACUGUGGCGACUACCAAUACAGAACUUGAUGAAAGCAGAGACAAGAGCUCCUCAGGGAGAGACACGCUGGAUGAGUGUGGUCUGAGAUACUUGCUCGCGAUGCGCCUGCACACCUGCCUUUUGACCUCACUACCUCCUCUAUACCGAGUCCAGCUACUUCAUCAAGGUGUGUCUACUUGCCAUUUUGCCUGGGCUUUUCAUUCUGAGGCUGAAGAAGAACUGAUUAAUAGAAUUCCAGCAAUUCAGAGAGGAGACCCUCAGUGGUCUGAGUUAAGAGCUAUGGGAAUAGGUUGGUGGGUCAGGAAUAUUAAUACACUUCGGCGAUGCAUGGAAAAGGUUGCCAAAGCUUCUUUUCAAAGGAACAAUGAUGCCUUGGAUGCUGCGUUAUUCUACCUUUCUAUGAAGAAGAAAGCGGUAGUGUGGGGUCUGUUUAGGUCACAGCAUGAUGAAAAAAUGACAACGUUUUUCAGCCACAACUUUAAUGAAGAUCGAUGGCGCAAGGCUGCUUUGAAAAAUGCUUUCGCUUUACUUGGAAAACAGCGCUUUGAACAGUCGGCUGCAUUCUUCUUGUUAGCAGGUUCACUGAAAGAUGCCAUUGAGGUAUGUCUUGAAAAAAUGGAAGAUAUUCAGCUGGCCAUGAUUAUUGCCCGUUUAUAUGAAUCUGAAUUCGAGACUUCAUCCACUUAUAUAUCCAUCCUAAACCAGAAGAUUUUGGGUUGUGCAAAGGAUGGCUCGGGAUUUGACUGCAGUAGACUACACCCUGACCCUUUCCUGCGUAGCCUUGCCUACUGGGUAAUGAAGGAUUACACCCGAGCCUUGGAUACCUUAUUGGAACAGACACCAAAGGAGGAGGACGAACAUCAAGUGAUAAUCAAGGCUUGCAACCCUGUGGUGUUCAGCUUCUACAACUAUCUUCGAACUCACCCCUUGAUCAUUCGCCGAAACCUCGCCUCCCCGGAAGGCACGCUGGCAACCUUAGGCCUGAAAACGGAGAAAAGCUAUGUGGAUAAAAUCAACCUCAUAGAGAGAAAACUAUUCUUCACCACUGCAAAUGCUCACUUUAAGGUUGGGUGCCCUGUUCUGGCCUUGGAGGUUCUUUCCAAGAUCCCAAAAGUCACCAUAAAAUCCACCUCAGCUGCAAAAAAAGACCAGCCCGGCUUCGUUUCUAAAAAGAUGGGGGAUGCGCCCGCAGUCUCGAAGACUCAGAGUGAUGGGCGCACGGGUGCUGCCACUGACUGGUCAGCCGUCACCUCGUCCCAGUUCGACUGGAGUCAGCCGGCAAUAAAAGUGGAGGAGGAACCUCUUCAGCUUGAUUGGGGUGACGAGCAUGAUAGUGCCUUAGAGGAAGAGGAAGAAGGUACCAGCGACACUGUCAAGAGAAGUACAGAUGCCGGGGCGGGGAGGCCAGGAGGAAAGCAAGCCUCAGACCCGAACCUGUUACAGACACCUCAGGACGAGGACUUGCCCGAAGGUGACACCGAAGUUGACGUCAUUGCGGAGCAGCUGAAAUUCAGAGCUUGCUUAAAGAUCCUUAUGACAGAGCUGAGGACACUGGCCACGGGGUAUGAAGUGGACGGAGGGAAGCUCCGAUUUCAGCUCUACAACUGGCUGGAAAAGGAGAUCGCGGCCUUACAUGAGAUUUGUAAUCACGAGUCGGUCAUGAAAGAGUAUGCGAGUAAAGCAUACUCCCAAGCGGAGAGCGAGCUCCUGGAGCGGGAGGAAGUGGUGGACAAGCCGGACGUCGGUUCCUAUGAGCGGCACCAGAUAGAACGGCGGAGGCUGCAGGCCAAACGGGAGCAUGCCGAGAAGCGGAAGUUAUGGUUGCAGAAGAACCAGGAUCUCUUGCGAGUGUUUCUGAGCUACUGUAGCCUGCAUGGGGCCCAGGGUGGCGGUCUGGCCUCGGUGAGAAUGGAACUCAAGUUUCUGUUACAAGAAUCACAGCAGGAAACGACGGUGAAGCAGCUCCAGUCUCCACUGCCGUUGCCCACCACCCUGCCCCUGCUCUCAGCAAGCGUGGCCUCCACCAAGACAGUCAUCGCUAAUCCCGUGUUGUACCUAAAUAACCACAUCCACGAUAUACUUUAUACCAUUGUUCAGAUGAAAACGCCGCCACAUCCCACUGUCAAAGAUGUGAAGGUUCACAUACUUCAUUCACUGGCAGCGUCCCUUUCUGCCUCAAUCUACCAGGCAUUAUGUGACAGUCACAGCUACAGCAGUCUCACAGAAGGAAAUCAGUUUACAGGAAUGGCUUAUCAAGGACUUCUUUUAAGCGAUCGAAGAAGACUGAGGACAGAAAGCAUUGAAGAACAUGCAACACCAAAUUCUUCUCCUGCCCAGUGGCCUGGUGUGAGCUCACUUAUUAAUCUCUUGAGUUCAGCUCAAGAUGAAGACCAGCCUAAACUGAACAUUCUGUUGUGUGAGGCCGUUGUUGCCGUUUACUUAAGUUUGCUGAUACAUGCUCUCGCUACCAAUUCCUCCAAUGAAUUGUUUCGACUUGCAGCUCACCCACUAAAUAAUCGCAUGUGGGCUGCUGUUUUUGGAGGGGGUGUGAAACUUGUUGUAAAACCUCAAAAACAAGCAGAAAAUAUUUCAGCACCCCCUACUCCUUCUGAAGACAUAGAUAAGCACCGACGGAGAUUUAACAUGCGGAUGCUGGUUCCUGGAAGGCCCGUGAAAGAUGCAACCCCACCACCAGUGCCCGCAGAGAGACCAUCUUACAAAGAAAAAUUUAUUCCUCCAGAACUGAGCAUGUGGGAUUACUUUGUUGCAAAGCCAUUCCUUCCUUUGUCUGAUAGCGGUGUCAUAUAUGAUUCUGAUGAAAGUAUUCAUAGCGAUGAAGAUGAAGAUGAUGCUUUUUUUUCAGAUACACAAAUACAGGAGCAUCAUGACCCAAAUUCCUAUAGCUGGGCUCUUCUGCAUCUGACAAUGAUCAAGCUAGCACUUCACAAUGUCAAGAAUUUCUUUCCCAUUGCUGGAUUGGAAUUCUCAGAAUUGCCUGUAACAUCACCACUGGGUAUUGCCGUGAUAAAGAACUUGGAGAAUUGGGAACAGAUCUUGCAAGACAAAAUGGACCAAUUUGAAGGCCCACCCCCUAACUAUAUCAACACAUAUCCAACUGACCUUUCCGUUGGAGCUGGACCAGCUAUUCUUCGAAAUAAAGCAAUGCUAGAACCUGAGAACACACCAUUCAAAUCACGAGAUUCUUCAGCUCUUCCAGUCAAACGACUUUGGCAUUUCCUUGUUAAACAAGAAAUCCUUCAAGAGACAUUUAUUAGAUAUAUUUUCACAAAGAAAAGAAAACAGAGUGAGGUUGAAGCCGAUCUGGGAUAUCCAGGUGGAAAAGCGAAGAUCAUUCAUAAGGAGUCUGAUAUGAUCAUGGCAUUUUCUGUUAAUAAGGCAAACAGUAAUGAAAUUGUUUUGGCUUCAACGCAUGACGUGCAAGAACUCGAUGUUACUUCCCUAUUGGCCUGUCAGUCAUAUAUAUGGAUUGGAGAAGAAUUUGACAGAGAAUCCAAAAGCUCAGAUGACAUCGAUUACCGUGGGUCCACCACAACUCUCUAUCAGCCUACGUCGUCGGCCCAUUCCACAGCGCAGGCACAUCCAGCGUCAUCCAUGCCGUGGCUGGGCACUGGACAGACGAGCACCGGAGCCAGCGUGCUUAUGAAAAGGAAUCUACAUAACGUUAAGAGAAUGACCUCACACCCCGUCCAUCAAUACUAUCUCACAGGUGCUCAGGAUGGCAGUGUCCGAAUGUUCGAAUGGACGCGCCCUCAGCAACUUGUCUGCUUCCGCCAAGCUGGGAAUGCGAGAGUCACCAGGCUCUAUUUCAAUUCACAAGGCAACAAGUGUGGUGUUGCAGAUGGAGAAGGUUUCCUGAGUAUCUGGCAAGUAAACCAAACAGCAUCAAAUCCUAAACCUUACAUGAGUUGGCAGUGCCACAGUAAAGCCACAAGUGACUUCGCCUUUAUUACCUCUUCAAGUCUAGUCGCCACAUCUGGACAGUCUAAUGACAACAGAAACGUCUGCCUGUGGGACACGCUGAUCUCCCCUGGGAACAGCCUCAUUCAUGGCUUCACGUGCCAUGACCACGGGGCCACGGUGCUCCAGUACGCACCCAAACACCAGCUGCUCAUCUCGGGAGGCAGGAAGGGCUGGGUGUGUCUGUUCGACAUCCGCCAGAGACAGUUGAUGCACACGUUCCAGGCCCACGACUCGGCCAUCAAGGCCUUGGCGCUGGACCCCUGUGAGGAAUAUUUUACUACGGGCUCAGCAGAGGGGAACAUAAAGGUUUGGAGACUGACAGGCCAUGGCCUGAUUCAUUCAUUUAAAAGUGAACACGCUAAGCAGUCCAUCUUCCGGAACAUUGGGGCUGGAGUUACGCAGAUUGACAUCACCCAGGGCAACCGGAUCUUCUCCUGUGGGGCAGACGGGACGCUGAAAACCAGGGUUCUACCCAAUGCUUUUAACUUCCCAACUAGAAUUCUUGACAUUCUAUAGACUCAAGAAUAGAGGUUUUAUUUUUAUAAACAACUCAAUUGAAAAAAAAAAAUACUGAAGUUAGGCAUUCCUUCUUUCCAAGUGGCUGAAACAUUUAAAACAGUACAGGGAAUCUCUGUCAAAUCCAAUCCAAGCGGACUGUUGCCUGUACAGGUGGGUAGAAUGGCUGCAUGUACCUUGUUAUCAUGCUGACAUAAGAAAAAAAUAUUUAAAAAAUCAAGCCUCCUAUUCUGAGAAGGAUAGCUAUUCUUAAAGCAUCUAGCAAACCUGAUUCAGAAACCGUUUGCGGCUAAAAGUUUGCGUAUUCAUCAGUUACAACAAGGAAGGUCUUUGUACAGGGAAGAAAAUAUUGUCGUGUUCCUCCCUAGUCUUCCUGCUGACUGAAGCAUGCCUGCAGUCUCUUCUGUUGAGCGAAGGGUAGUCCUACCGUGUUAGAAUCGUAGACCCAGAAUCGCUAAGCACUGAGCAGCGUGCGGUGACUAGUUCUCUGCUGUGAGGUCAUUUCCAUCCUUUCCUGCUGAAUAUUUUUCCUGUUAGUGUUUCCACAGAGCUAGUACUGCAAAAGAGUGCAAUGUCCUCCUCAAUUUGCACAUUUACUUUUUUCUUUUCUUUUGGACUGCUCGGGGUUUUUUUUUUGCCCCCCCUCCUAGAUAUUUGCCUUCAUAUUAGGAAUGGAAUAUGUGAAAAUGACAUUGACAUUUGCAGUUAACCAACACGUACUGACUGAAUACAUUUUUCUUUUCGCACAUCAGGGUUCCACACUUGCAACAUUCUAAAGCUAUGUUGAAACUACGCCAGUAGAGUAUUUCAUGUCAUAUUUAAGAUAGGCUUUUUUGUGGCCUGUUCAUAGUUGAUGAGAUUGGUGAUACUAUUUAUGACCACAGCCUAUUGUAUAAACUCUGCAGCUAAAUAUUAUUUGCUUGUAAGAUAUUAGCCACUGUUGUCAUAUUUUGAUGUAUUUCCUUGGUCAUGACCAAAAAAUAUGUUCUUGAGCUAUUAUUGAAACCAAUGUCUGUGUUUAUAAGUGUUUACCAGCAAAUUGUCUCAUCAUGUUAAUGAGAAUGUUUGAUGCCUGUGCAGUAAAUAGUAAAUUAUAACGGCCUAAAAGCACCUUUCUCCGAAGGCGAUGUGAUGUUUGAGCUAUGAAAUACAUAUGUAAAAGAAAAAUAAAUGUUAUUUGUUAGAGUUUUACCUUA